AUGCCACCUCAAACAGCUUUGAUCGUAGGAGCCUCGAAAGGACUUGGUCUAGCGCUCGUCAAGAAGUACUCAGAUCUCAUAGGGGUUACGAAUGUGUACGCGACAGUACGGGGUUAUAUGGACGAUAAAGAGAAAUCAUUCACGUUCCCUAAAGGAGUCCAUGUCAUUGAAGAUAUAGAUGUGUCGGAAGAGGGAGUAGGUGACAAGAUCGUAGAGGGUUUACAAGGUGCUGCUGUGGGAUUGGUAGUGUAUGUCAGCGGGAUAUUGAAACCUGAGGAAAUGGGAAAAGCCAAUUGGAAAGAUGAGAUUGCAAUGUACACCAUCUGUGCCAUCGCACCGGUAUUCGUAGUUCAAUCAUUACUCAUGUCAUCAUCGCUUGCUCCCGAAGCCAAGAUCAUCCUUCUAACUUCAGAAGCCGGAUCCAUCACACUACGUACCCAAGGUGAAGGUGGUGGGAUGUACGGACAUCACGGUUCGAAAGCUGCUGGAAACAUGGUAGGACACUUGUUGAGUUACGAUCUGAAAGAGAGAGGUGUCAGCAUCGCUAUGAUUCAUCCUGGGUUCUUGAAGACUGAAAUGACGAAAGACGCCGGCAUGGAAGAGUUCUACGAUAAGAUGGGAGCUGUGACACCCGAAGAAGCAUCCGAACCGUUCGUCGAAUUUGCUGAGAAGUUGAAUGUUGACAUGUCUGGUAAAUUCUGGGCACCAAUGGGAGCCAGAGGAAUCGGUAAUGCUGAAGAAGUGUUGGGUAAAGAAUGGACCAAACAACCUGGUCCACUUGAACUGCCUUGGUAA